AUGAUGCCAAGUAUGGGGCAGUAUAGGCAUGGCAUAUCAGGUCCGGGUGACUCGAACCUACGAGGAUUGAUUGCGUCGGAGAUAUCACGAGCCUUGUCCGAUGCAAUUUCAGUCCCAGUGGCAAGACUUACGGAGGAGUUGUUAGAGAUCUUCAACGAGAGGCAUCCAAAUGUUGGAUGGGCAAGACAAUUGGGAAUUAGGGAUGUCACUUACCGUGACAUGUCUGUGGGUCAACCUUCCAUGUUCAAGGGAAGGAAGGAACGAAUUCUUAGCAUGCGAUGGAUAGAGGAAAUGGAGAGUGCCUUUUGUUCAGGCUUUUGCCCUGAGAGGGCAAGGGUCCGGUUCGCUAUGUACCUGUUACGCCAUGCGGCGAUCGGUUGCUGGAGCACGAUCAUCCAAUCUAUUACUGUGGCUGAGCUGGAGGGUAUGUCAUGGGAGGAGUUUUUGAUCCGUUUUCAGGAGAAGAGCUCGUCCCCAAUCGAGUCUGACCUAGGCCAAGGGAACCAUGAUCAUUGUGAUAAAUGCAAGAAGAGGCACGAGGGUACAUGUCAUGGAACAAUGUGUUUCAAAUGUGGACGAGAAGGUCAUUUCAGUCGAGAUUGCAAGGAAAAGAAGAGGUGUCAUCAUUGCGACCAACCUGGCCACCUUAAAGCCGAGUGUCCCAUAUUAGCGGGGGUGUCGACACUAACACCGACACCUGAGAUAUUGAGUUUUAUGGAUGGGCGCCAAAGUUGGGUGGAGACCUCUGGGGCCAUGACGAGGGAUUAUCCAGGCUAUUGGUAUGGUGAUGCUUUUCCCACCGGACGUUAUUACUAUUCGCGAUGAUUUUUCUGAUGGAUUGUCGGGAAUGCCAUGGAGGGCAGGUGAAGUUUAGGAUCGAGCUCUUCAGAGGAUGUAAGGACAAGAAGUUCGUUGGACAAAUUGUUCACUUUGAGGAGUUUUGGUUUGUUGGAAAAAAGGGAUGGUUUGAUAGGAUGCAAACUAUUAUAGGGAGCUUUAUAAGCUCGUGAAGAAGAAAUGUUACCGUUACCAAGGUUUGAGGUGUUGUUCGACCAGUUUUAGUUUUAGGGUGCAUUGUGGUUUUCCAAGAUCAAUCUCGUCGGUAUCAUCAUGCGAAGGCUUGGCAAUUAUAUUUAUCAUUGACAUCGACUUUCCUAGAGAAGAGAAAAGAAGUAGGAUGUUCGUAAAGUUAGCUAAGACGGGAAGAUUUUCGGACGAAAUUCCCAAGAAGAAUGUUAGAUAUUCCAUAAAGUAUCAGGAUUGAUGUGUGUGCGGUCUACUCUUGAGGAUGGUAGUGGGUCUCAGGGUUUGUUGACGAUCCCCAUGCAUGUUCUUGUCUAGUUAGGGCUUUGGGGAUAUGAGACACAAUCUAAACACCUGCUUUUUUUAUCCCAAGCUUCAUUGAGGUUCGUUUCACGUCCUAUGAUGAAUGGUCUUUUGUUUGGUAGUUGUGCGAUUAUGGGUUGAUGUAAUUAUGGUUGCCCCAUAACAUUUGUAUGUUGAUGUAAGACUAUGGUUGCCCCAUAACAUUCAUGUGUUGAUGUCUGGUUAAACUUUAACAUUUGUCGAUCUACAAAUCUUAUGCCUCGGGUUUGUAGGCUCAAGAUGCUAUGAGAUGUAUGUUGGGAAUUAGGGACAGUAGUUCGGGUCGUAGGAUUUAGGAACAUUACUUAUACAAGUGUCUAGGGCGUACGGAGACUGGCGUGAGGUCUAUUAGUGAAGUGUAUGUGGCAAGUGGUGAUUUGAUAUUUGUUAGUAGGGUGACGUACGACUAUAGUGGAACCAUAGAGGAUAUGAGUUUAUGGCAAGUAAUAUUAUUAAUGAUUGAUAUAAUCAUAUUGUAUGUCGAUAACGAUUGUAAGUGGAUGAAUGAGCGUAGUUGAUAUGUAAUCUCGAGAAGAAGGAAUCAACAAAUCUGGGAAGCACUAAUGGCGUGCUAGUGGGAAGCUCAGUUAGGUUCUUAACAUUGGGAUAGAUGAUUACGAAGAGGUUAGCAGUUUGUAUGACGAUAGUAAUUUCAGGAAGCCAUUUAGGGUAAGUUCCAUGAAAUCCGAUUGUUGGAAGGGAGGUUGUCAAGACCACUUGUUGGUUGAUGACGAGUCAUUAGCAACUUUGUAACCUCCGAAACAAAAUCAAAAAACCGAAGGUAGUGUAUAUCGACCAUAUCUAAGGUUGUUAGCGAUGUUGGAUUUUGAAGACGAAAUCUAGUUUAAGUAGGGGAGAGUUGUAACACUAUAAAUCUUGAGAUGGGAAGUUAAUCUUUACUAAUGUCAAGAAUAUGGAAUUUGCCCCUACGCGACACGUAUAGCUUCCCCACACGACGCGUAGUUGGGUAAAAGUUGGUCGCAAAUCUUAUGUCGGACGUAAGGCAAGGCUAUGCCAAGGCUAGCUGAUGCAACGCAAAAUACUAACCAUAACGUCUUGAGUCCUAUUUAAGAGCCUUAACUCUCUUUGCAACCUUCCUUAUUAAAGCCCCCGUCCCUUUGUUACAUUUUGAGCGAACCCUAAUCCUAUUGUGAGAGUUUGGAGCUUUGGAGUGUGUAUUUGUGAAGUUUUAGAAAGAGUGAAGUCAUUGUGAAACAAGGAGAAGCCUUUCCAAUGGAGAUCUAGACCUUGUGCUUCAUUUCUCACCUAUCGAAGGUAUAAAGUUCAUACCUUUAUGAUUCUACUCUUAUGGAUCUAGCUUUCUAGCAUGUUUGGUGUAUCUUGGUCCCAUAAUCUUGGUAUUGUAGAGUUUGAAGUCCUCCGGAACUUAUGUGCUGUCAUUCAGACGUUUUUGAUCAUUUAGAACAAGAAAAAUGAGAAUGAAUGCACUCUCAUUAAGCUACAUAUGGAUUUUGGUCCCCUUUGGUCACAUUUUGAAUUAGGGUGGAAGAUCGGAGAAAUUUAAGCCUUGGAAAUGGAUUCAUUUAGAAGAAUGAGAUUUGGGAAUUUGAACCCUUAGCUUAAUGAAUUAAGUACUUAAUGAAGAUUUGAAUCUGGCCGCCCUACGCCGUGCUUAGCACUAACUACGUUGAGUGUAGCGUAGGAGUCACUUGACUGUUUUAGCAUUUAGUGUAUGUGGCGUGUAGGUCCGUUGAUUGUUAACUUUUUCAACAAUUUGACUUUUGAUCAAACUUUGGAGGUUUUGAGUCAUAGACUUAGGUUUGACCCCUAUGGCAUUAGGUGGUUCGUGUUGCUGACUGUUUAAGAUCACAAUCGAGAAUUUCAUUAUACUAUGUAGACAAUUUGUAUCCUUGUGAUAGGCAUAUAUGAUGCUAAGUAUUGUUAGAGUAGAGUUGUAUGAGUAAACUAAGUGUAGUAUACUGUAUGUUUGUUAGCUUGUCUUUAUGAUUUGUUCGUAUGUUAGUAUGUUGAGUUGAUAGCAAAUGACGAGUCGUGUGCCAACAAAACUCGUGUUGAAGACCAAACGACAAGAGGUCGUAAGUGCAUAUACACACAUAUACGUCGUAGAUGGGUGAAACGAUGAGAGGGCGUAAGCCCUUGUAUGUACGUAUUGGUGAAACACUAACAAGUUGUGAUCCAUUGAUUGUAUGCAUUGUAUGUGUAUUGUUUUUGGGAACUUAUCAAGUUAUGUGCUUAUAAUUAUGGAUUUAAAUGUUUUUUUCAGGUAUUUCUUUGAUCAGGGAAAAACUCAAGUUUAACUAUACCGCACACGAAUUGUUGGCUAUAUUUGAUAUUCCGCAUGAUUAUGUUUUAUACUUUGGGUUUUGGAUACAUUGAUUUAUGGUUUACAAUGGUUUUAUGAUUUGAAAUUGAAUGAAGUGGAUGUCUUUAUACUCUUAAAAAUGAAAAAUUUUGGUUGAAAUUUAGGAAGGUACAACUCAUGUGGUGAAACAUUUACCAAAUUAUUAUGAGACGGAAAACAAUUGGUUUAACAUUAAUGUC